CAGGGUCACGGCUAAGCCAAUCAAGCAAGAACGUCACUGAGCGGGGCGUCGCCAAAGCACGAUGCAACCGACACGCCCACAGGCCGCGACCGCUAGACCCCCGGCUCCGCCUGUUAGACCCAUGGCAGCGAUGACCUCACCUAGGCCGGCAGGGAUCCCGGUGGCCGGUGGCGCUGGAGCGCCGGCGAGACCAGUCAUAAUGGUCAUGCCUCCUGUAGUGACCGUGCCACCAGGCGGCGUCAGAGCGCCAUCGGCAGCCAUUCAGGGCGUGAGACCGGGCAUCCCAUUUGUGCAGAUGCCGGUGCAGGUUCCCGAAUUGGAACCUAUCCCGGGAUGCCCUCCCGGACUCGAGUACCUGACGCGCAUCGACCAGCUGCUCGUGCACCAACAGCUUCAGAUCCUGGAAAUGCUGGUGCCGUACGAGCAGCAGAACAAGUACGUCGUCAAGAACACCAUGGGCCAGUUCAUCUUCAUGGCGAACGAAGAGAGCGACCUGGCGAGCCGCUGCUGCUUGGGCAGCUGUCGUCCCUUCGAGAUGGCGCUGCUCGACUACCGCAGCGUCGAAGUGAUGCGCCUCUACCGGCCACUUCGCUGCGACAGCUGCCUUUGUUUUUGCUGCCUGCAGGUGAUGGACAUUCACGCACCGCCGGGCACCGUCAUCGGCUCACUGCGGCAGGAGUGCACCGUCGUGUACCCGCUGUUCUCGGUGCUGGACAGCAGGGGCAACGUGUCGCUUCAGAUCCAAGGGCCGUUCUGCACGACGGCCAUGCUGUGCAACGACAUCGUCUUCGACAUCACCACCAAGGACGGCAAGACGAAGAUCGGCCAGAUAACGAAGAACUGGACCGGCAUUCUCAGGGAGGCCUUCACCGACAUCGACAACUUCACGGUGGUCUUCCCCAUCGACCUGGACGUCAGGAUGAAGGCCGUGCUGCUCGGUGCGGCCUUCUUGAUUGACUUUAUAUUCUUCGAGAACGGCGCCAGCGGCCCCGCCGGCGCCGCUGACCUUCCCGGCAACAUCAUCAAUUAGUCGGUUGCCCGGUGAUCGCCGAUUUAGCGCUGCGUCCAUAGAACCAGCCGAGGCUGCUCAACGAAGCUGCAGGCAUCGCAGGCGCCGUGCGCAGUUGGUUGGAUGUGGGUGAACGCAGCAUCUAAUUCGCGUUUUUCAUUACAAUUGUCGAUUAAGCCGGCUGUUCGUGGUUUUCUAGUGCGCGUCCUGCAACGACGCCUUUGUCGCUCAAAGCUCUUAAAUUGAGCGUAAGCGGCCGGAAAUUCGGAUAUCAAGUUAGUUGCGCUUAACGUUUACAUAUCUUGUAGAUAUUUCGUGUG